AUGGCGACAAUAGAAAAGCUCAAGCGUAUCAACACCGAUCUGGCGGCUGAGAACGCCUCUUUCCGUAGCCGUCUCGAUACACUCCGAUGUGAGGCUAAACACAAGAAGGAUUGCCUACGGCGGAGUGCCCACUAUGUGGCUGCAUUGAAGGAGGAACGGCGGGAAAAGGAGGACAAUAUUGUCAAGCCGGGAUCCCUAUGA